AUGUGGCCUCAUCCAACCCCGCGCUUUACGCCAGGGCCAAGACUGACCGAGAUCAUCACAGAGUGGGUCAAAGGCUUGCUGGCCGUGCCGUUUGUGCUCUAUUCCCAGCCCACGGGCGUGAUUGGGGAUGGCACCAACAUCGCCAACAUGGCGGAGGAGGCGCACAGGCGGUACGCCGAGAUCAUGAGAGACGUCGAGAUGAUGAUUGAUGAUCACAGUACGUGCAUUGAAUCAUGCCGUCCUCUAGGCGUAGUUGCCCGUCAAAGGCAGAACCAGCUCCAGGUCCAAGACGGCGCGGCGAACCUGCUCCCGCCUGUCCCCUCAAAGCUGGGGAUGCUGGUACCAACGGCAGGGCCGUUUUUCACGCGGCUACCUCUGGAGGCAGCGUUCAAGUAUCAGGAUCGCAAGCGAUACAUCUCGUGUCGACGCUACGUUGCGCCAUCGUUCAACGACGUACGGCUGAUUCUCAACUCGGCGCAAACCAUGGCUGUCACGGGUGGGGCGCUCCAGCUUGCCACGUUUGACGGUGACGUGACUCUGUACGACGACGGCGAAAGCCUGGAGCCGUCGACGAGGGGUUCAGACCUCCUGCGCAAGAACAUCAAGAUUGGCAUCGUCACGGCGGCGGGAUACACUACGGCGGACCGUUACUACGAACGCCUUCACGGGCUGCUCGACGCCAUCGCCGAGUCGCCGGACCUGGACAACACGCAAAAGCACAGCAUUGUCAUCAUGGGCGGGGAGGCCAACUACCUCUUUGAGUUCGACUUGUCCUCACCGCACCGCCUGGCGCCAGUGCCGCGGCAGCGCUGGCUGACGCCCGAGAUGGCGGCAUGGUCCGAGGCGGACAUCGCUGCCUUGCUGGACGUGGCCGAGUCGGCUCUGCGAGACUGCGUGCGGACCAUGAACCUGCCGGCGACGGUUCUGCGCAAGGACCGGGCGGUGGGCAUCAUCCCUACGGACCCGUCCAUGCGGAUCGCUCGCGAGUCGCUCGAGGAGACGGUUCUGGUGGUGCAGCGCAUCCUGGAGCUGUCAAGCCUGGGGUCGUCGCUGCAGGCAGCCGGGCGCUCGCCCUCGCCGGCGACGACAGGAACGGGUCGGCGUGGAGUGCCGUUCUGCGCCUUCAACGGCGGGCGCGACGUCUUCGUCGACAUUGGUGACAAGAGCUGGGGUGUGACGGUGUGCCAGCAGUGGUUCGGGCGCGGGGGCGGCGUGAUCCGCGGGGAGAACACGCUGCACGUCGGCGACCAGUUCCUCAGCGCGGGGUCAAACGACUUCAAGGCGCGGAGCGUGGGCACGACGGCGUGGAUCGCCAGCCCGGCCGAGACGGUGGAGCUUCUGGAUGAGCUGGCGGACCUGAUGCAGAAGAAGCUGUCGUGA